GUCAGGUAAAUACUUCUUCUUUGACAAAUUCACAAAUAUUGAAUUAUUUGCUUCUGCCCGAUAUCCUGGGAUCAAGCAGGCUCCCGGCUAUCCCUGUGAUAUCCAAUACGACCUUACCAACUAUGAAUAAUGGCUCGGCAGCUUCACCUAGCCCAUCCAGCUCAAAUGGUUCAAAUAUUCACUCGAAAAUGUACGAUGCCCUUUUUAAUCAGGGGGACAAAAUUGAUAAAAUACUAAAACAUGUAAGCAGAGUUCCGAUAUGGCACAGCUAUACAUUCAAGAACGGUACCACAAUAACGUGGAUAACAAUAGAAUCUAGAUCAGCAGUAGACAACAGUAUCACUAAACAAACUACUUCAUCCAGCAAUACAGUACUUGAAACAACGAACAAGAAUUCACCGCCUUUAAAAUCUAAGGCCAGAUUGGCCAGUCAAACAUCAGCACAAACCACAGACCCAAAAAGAGUCAACGAACCGGGAACACCGUCAAAUAUGGAAAACAGUAAUGGUGAUCCUUUAGUUUCCGAAAUCGGUACGAAAGAGGAGAUAAGUCCAAAUUUUGAUGUCAUGCCAGCUUCCACUUUACAGAAACCGCAAAAUUCGGUAAUAAAUGGUGUACAGUAUCAUCUUUCAAAUAACAAACAUUCACCAACAAAUACCAAUGGAAUCGAAAAUUUGUCUCCUAUUAAAGAUCAACCACCUGUGGGCCGAACAGAAGUCUAUUUUCCGUCCGAAAUUGCUAUACCUACUGAUGUGACAGCAAAAAACAAGCUCGAUUCUCCGCUACUUGAACAACAGUUUUCGUCUUACAGUGGAAUAACACCAUCCACAAUGGGCAUUGUUAACAAUGUACAAGGCAUCGGUGUCACGCAGGAUUCAUAUACACAAAACGAAAACCCGAAAACUAUCAUCCAGUAUCAUCCAAAAAAUCAAGAUGUAGGGGCUAUUCCAGUAGUUAACACGGGUAUAUCCGAUUCAGAGGAUCAAAAACAGGAAUUAAACAUACCCAUAAUUACAACCAUGCCAACAGUCAACAACAUUAACCCAAAUUCCACUGUGCCCAAGACACCCAUGAAAAUGAAACGACCGGUUUCUGCCGAAAUCUUUGACACUGGCCCAGCAUCUAAACUACAACCAGAAUUGACUACAAUUCCUCAGAAAGAUUAUACUUCUCGGCACACUGCUGGAGAUAUAUCUUAUGUGGAGAGCCCUUUGAACAUAAAUCUGAGAAAGGCUGCGUCGGUUGAUGAUAACUCCAAGGCAGUACCAAAUGGAUCAGCCGACCUUGCUGAAAUCAAAGCUAUAUUGAAGAUGUACGAUAUCCGAAGUAGUCAAGAACUACAAAAUCUGCUACAUAACAGGAACUCGCAAGAGAAUAAAGAAAAGUUCAACUCAAUCAAAGAUUAUUUUACUGGUCCUAAAACAAAUUGCCCAGUGGACAAACCAUGUUUAUGGUGUAGGUCAUCUCCAGCCUGGAGUUUUGUGGAUGGAAUAACAGGUUGGUGUAUGAGAAACUGUAAAACAAGUCGAUGUGAACAUAAUCAGUGUAAGUGCGCGUGUGUGGACGCCGAUGAAUUUUCUAGGCGGCUUAUUGCUAUAGCAUCUAGUGAUCUUCGAGGUUAAUGCUUGCCAAUUAGUUUUCGAAAACCAAAUCAAAUCCACACGUGUAGUUAAUCAUAAUACUGAUCUAGUCUACAAAAUCUUACUGCUCCGGGAUAUCCUAUGGACAAAUGUCGAGCCAUUCAAUGCUCUGAGUGGCAGGGGUAUAAGAUUCUACAGGCUGCACUGAUCUUGAUCCACUUGCUUGAAUGCCAAAAACUAUUUAUUUGAUUUUUAUUGUAUGUAUAGUGUAUAUAAAUAUAUAUAAGUGUGAAUGCUUACAUGCCUUUGAACUAAAUGAGUGCUUACAUGCCUUUUAACUAAAUAAGUCUUUAAUUGUACGGGGGUUUUUUCAAUGACAAAAAACAAAACUGAGAUUAUGCUGUCAUGUUUGAGUAGGAGAAUUGCAUCUUAAAGAUGACAAAACGAGUUAUAAACACAAAAAAACAUCAA